ACUGCGGCCCGCAAGUAUGAACAGUAGCAAUUAUAUGGCCCAACGUAAAAAAAGGUUGAGUAUGACUCCUCUACAGUGACGACAACUUAAUAGAUUCAAACGUUAGCGGUGUUUCAAGAUUCAGAGUAUAGACUGCGCAUGCGCGAAUUUUGGUCACUAAUAAGUUGAGUACAAAAAGGUCAUGGAAUAAAGAAAUCUGCCAAGAUAUUGGGGACGCCAACCACAAUCGUCCGCGCUCCAGAAAUCCACCAACUAAAAGUUCAACCUGACCACUGCAUGGACUCAAGAAUGGACCACUCAAAAGGCAAUAGAAUGCCCUGCAUCACCCAAAAGCACCGGGGUUUGACCUACCUCGCAGAACCUGGUGCACACUUAAUAGAAUUAAAACGCAACAUGGCAGAUGCGCAUAUUUUCUGCACAAAUGGGGCAAACAUCCAUCACCAUACUGCGACUGCGGAGAUUAUCAAACGAUCAAACACAUCACGGAGGAAUGUCCCACAAGAUCGUCAAGAUCCUACAACGGUAGACCUGAAGUGUUCUGCUUCAUUUAAGUUUACUGUGUCUGAGUUGCCAUACGAUAAAUAAAUCAAUGAAUAUUUUGAUUACCUUAUCAAUAAUUAUUGGAAAAAAAUGUAUGUGUUCGGAUAGGAUAUGAGGUAGGUUAAUGAAAAAAUUCAUUGUUAUAUUGAAUUUUGAAGUCAUUAUCCCUCGAUGCUUUAAUACAAAUUAAUACUUUUUAUCAAAAAUUAUCCAAUGAUUCAAUAUGGAUUUUUCUUUUCGAUUUAUAUCUCAUCAAUGGGUCUCAACUUACUGAUUCACUUCUACCUCUAUUUUCAAAAGAUUCAGAUGAAUUGAAUUCGCCUAGAACCUAUGAGAGGUGUAUAUAGCAGGGACCACUUGCCAUAUUAACGAUUCCAUCAGUGGUAAAGAUUCCCGAGUGAUAAGUGGCUUCGUAGAAUGGGUAAUCUGAAUGAAAUGUGGUAUCGAAAGUAUUCUGUGUUAUGAAUGAAUCAUUUUGUCGUGUUGAGAUUAUGUAGAUUAUUGUGUAUAUCUAAAGAAUAUUGUGUGGUUUAGAAAAAACUAUUUGGUCGCAUAGAAAAGUUCAAAAAAGGCUACAAAUCGAACUACGAAUUCAACUUGAUAUUCAUAUACUGCACAGAUAACAGAGUAGAUAUACUGCGUUGUCAAACUCCAAACCAUAGAUAAAUAAAAUACAAGGACCUCUAAUCUAUGCUCCAAACUGUGUUUUAACUUCUAUGCUAUCUAUUCAUCUAUGGACUAUUUCUGUCCAUAAUCUGUGAUCUAACCUACAAUCCCCUAAAAUGAAAAUUUCAAACCGAAAGAAAUAAAUUGCACCAACAAAAUUCUAAAAUGAUUACAACAACUUCUAAGACAAUUAUUCGACAGCAUGUAACACGUAAUAUAUGUAAAUAUGUAAAUUCUGAUCGUUCGGCAAGAGUAAUUCGUCAAAAAUUCCUAGAUUAUUUCUUAAAGGAUUGCAAUCAUCAAUUCAUUCGUUCAAGUCCUGUAGUACCUUAUUGCGAUCCUUCUGUUGCAUUUGUAAAUGCUGGAAUGAAUCAGUUCAAAAAUAUUUUUGUUGGUAAUCAAGAACCUAAAUUCAGCAAAGUAGCAAAUUCACAAAAAUGCAUUAGAGUCGGAGGAAAGCAUAAUGACCUAAACGUUGUUGGUACAGAUGGUUAUCAUCACACCUUCUUUGAAAUGCUGGGAAACUGGUCUUUUGGAGAUUACUUUAAGACUGAAGCUUGUGAAUUAGCUUGGAAGUUGUUACUGGAUGUUUAUAAGUUACCAAGCGAUAGACUUUAUGUUACAUAUUUUGAAGGGGAUGAGAAAUUAGAACUUGAGGAGGAUUUAGAAACUAAAGAAAUUUGGCAAUCUCUAGGCGUUAGACCUGAUAGAAUUAUUCCAUUUGGUUUAAAUGAGAAUUUCUGGGAAAUGGGAGCAACUGGACCAUGUGGUCCUUGUACCGAGAUACAUUAUGAUCAUAUCGGAUUUGAGAAUCGCUCAAAUCUCCUCAAUAAAGGUCUUUUUGACCUUACAGAACUUUGGAAUAUUGUCUUCAUAGAGUAUAACAGAAAUAUCGAUGGUUCAAUUUCAGUUUUACCUAAUAAACAUGUAGAUACAGGAAUGGGUUUUGAAAGACUCACAGCUAUCCUUCAAGAUAAAAAUAGUAAUUAUGAUACAGAUACUUUCACAUACCUUAUAGAAGCAAUAGAGAAAAAUUGUCCACACUUAGAAAAAUAUAAGGGACUGUAUGGGGAAAAAGACUGGAACAACUUAGAUACAUCUUAUAGAAUUUUAGCAGACCAUUUAAGAAUGAUAACAACAUGUUUAGCAGAUGGAAUGGUACCAGAACAGAAUCAAAAAUUAAGGAGAAUAAUGAGAAAAUGUUUUUCACUUAGUACCAAUGUUUUUCAAAAAGAUGGAUUAGUGAAGGAGUUAUCAAAUUAUGUGGUAGAUAAUUUGGGUCAUGUAUAUCCCGAAAUGGAAAGAAAUAUUUCUCAGAUUCAUCAAAUUAUAGACUAUGAAGAAGAAGUAUAUAAGGACUUACAGAAGAGUGCUGAAAGUGAGUGGGGAGAAUUAGUCAAAGGAAAUGAAAAAUUGAAACAUUUAGAUGUUCUAGAAGCUCCUAGCCUCAUACCUGCCUAUAAAGAUUUAAUGAAAUUAAAACCUAAAGAAAUAAAUGGAGAGAUUGCAUUCAAAUUGUAUGAUACUUUUGGCUUAGAUCCAUCUGUUAUAGAAAAGUUGGCUAUGUCUAUAAAUUUACCUUUCGAUAAAAAACAAUUGAUGAUUGAAUUAGAAAUAGCUAAAAAGAAAAGUAAGCAGAAAUCAGAAAUAAGAAUGAAUGAUCUGCUUCAUCAGUUUGCAUUAGAAUCUAUACCAAAAACUUGUGAUAAUUCAAAAUAUAAUUACAGAAAACUGGAAAAUAAUAAUUAUGAAUUUGAACCUUUGAAAGUUAAAGUUUUGCGAAUAAUUCAUCAUAAUGAGGUUGUAAGAAAAAUAGGAUCAGAUACUUUUUGUAGUUUGCUCUUAGAUAAGACAAAUUUAUAUAGUGAAGCAGGGGGCCAAGCUAGUGACAAAGGUAUAAUUCAGUUUGAUAAAGCUAUCUUUGAUGUCACUGAAACUGAAAAAUUGAAUUCUUAUAUACUACAUAAAGGGUUCCUGAAAUGCAAAAGUACUUAUAAUUUGUGUGUUGAUUCAGUGGGUACAUUAUUAGUUGAUAAAGAGAACAGGAUUAGUAUAAUGAAGAAUCAUACUGCUACUCAUUUACUGAAUUCAGUAUUGAAACAAUUGAAGGGAGCAACAUGUCAAAAGUCUAGUAAAGUUACAGAAAAUUUUUUUAAUCUUGAUAUUGCUAUAUUUGGUCCUAAAUUGACGAUCACAGAUAUUGAGGAAAUUGAAUAUAAAAUAAACAGUAUCAUUUCAAAAAAAUUGGAUGUUGAAACAAUGAUAAUCGACAGUCAAAAGUUAUUAGAAUAUGAUGAUAUUAUAACAGUCCCUGGUGAAAUAUAUCCUGAGGAAAAUUUGAGGUUAGUUGAAAUAAAAGAAAAAGACAGAGUUAUUUCUAGAGAACCUUGCUGUGGUACCCAUGUUACUAAUACUUCAGAUAUUGAACACUUUUCAUUAGUGAAAAUGAAAUAUCUAGGAAGGAGUACUGUAUCCUUAAAUGGAGUAACAGGGCAUAAUUCUAAAAUGGCAACUGAAAAUGGAUCAGAAAUUUCUGACGAAGUUAAUAUGUUAAAGAAGACAGUUUCUGAAAAUAUAGAUAAACCAGAUGUUCUAAAUAUUGCUGUUGCUUCAUUAAGAAGUAAAAUAAUAGCCUCUGAAACAUUACUACCAGUUUAUAUUAAACAGAAAUGUUUGAAAGACCUUGAUGAUAUUAGUAAACAAGUUAAGACUAUAGCAAAAGUAACUUUGAAUGAGUUUAUCGAUAUGGAGAUGCAAAAUGUGCUGGAUUCAAAAGUUCAAACUACUUAUUCAAACAAAAAAUACAUAAUUCACUACCUCAGAACCUCAAUGAUUCUAGAAACAGUUCCUCUGCAAAGAGCAACAAAAAUGUGUAAAAAUAUUCCUGUUAUGGUGAUCUCCUAUACUGAUAAUGUCGUCCAAGCAAGAUGUUGUGUCCCAAAAAAAUUUUGUACUGAAAAUUUUACUGCCGAUAAAUGGUUGCAGGAAAGUGCAGUGAAAGUGUUUGAAGGAUGUAUUACAAAUGUUAAAGGACAAAGUGAGAAACUUGUGUGUAAUAUGAAACCUAAAAGGGUAAAUAUUCAAGAUUGGGAUUAUCUUCUGAAGCACAGCAUGCAAGCAGCACAAGAGUUUGUAGAUAAAUAUUUGUAAAUGUUAUUCAAAUUAUUUAUAUUAAAAUAAAAUUAUUGAAUUGUUUA